CUAUACAAACUACCGGGUAGUAUUUUUCUUAGUAUAUCUAUACAAUUCAGUAGCUAUAUAGCGACCAGCUACAAGUACCAGUUCCAAGUGUGGGGGGUGGCAGCUAUCAGACAUGGACUACUCACACUCGCAACAGGAGGUCUCAGACUUGGAAAAUGGAUAUGACCUGCUCAAGCCCUCCAAUAAGGAGGUUUUGAGUGGCAGCAGAACUCUGCAGAAUGUAUCGUCUUCGAUUAUGCGUAAGAAAUCUGACCCACUUCUUGUUUCAAGCGUUCGGUUUCAAAUGCUUAGGCAUUUAUUGGCCAACCUCCAAGAAGUCAUUCUAGGAACUAAGCUGGCCGUGCUCUUCCCAGCCAUUCCUCUUGCUAUAGCCGCUGAUUUUUAUAAGUUUGGCAGACCUUGGCUAUUUGCUUUGAGCUUGCUUGGACUCACGCCGCUUGCAGAACGUGUCAGCUUCCUCACUGAACAAAUUGCAUAUUAUACUGGUCCAACAGUUGGAGGACUUCUUAAUGCAACAUGUGGUAAUGCAACAGAACUGAUAAUAGCACUGUUUGCUCUUUACCAAAACAAAAUACACGUCUUGAAGUAUUCUCUAUUGGGUUCCAUCUUGUCAAAUCUACUUCUUGUUCUUGGGACCUCUCUCCUCUGUGGAGGCUUGGCCAACCUGAAAAAGGAGCAAAGAUAUGAUAGAAAGCAGGCUGAUGUGAAUUCAUUACUUCUAUUGCUGGGGUUGUUGUGCCACAUAUUGCCACUAAUGUUCAGAUAUGCCUUAGGGGAAGGCCCUUUCACUUUCCACUAUACACUUGAGCUGUCUAGAGCUAGCAGCAUUGUUAUGCUUGUAGCAUAUGUUGCUUAUAUCUUCUUCCAGCUUAAAACUCACAGACAAUUAUUUGAAUCUCAGGAGGAAGGAGAGGAAGAAGAAGAAGAAAAAGCAGUGAUAGGAUUUUGGAGUGCAUUUUCUUGGUUGGUUGGCAUGACAGUUAUCAUAGCAUUAUUAUCUGAGUAUGUUGUGGGCACAAUUGAGGCUGCAUCAGAUUCUUGGGGCAUUUCUGUCAGCUUCAUUAGCAUAAUCUUGCUACCAAUUGUGGGGAAUGCAGCAGAACACGCAGGAUCAAUCAUAUUUGCUUUCAAGAACAAGUUGGAUAUUUCUUUGGGUGUUGCAUUGGGAUCUGCCACUCAGAUUUCAAUGUUUGUGGUCCCUCUAUGUGUUGUUGUUGGAUGGAUAAUGCAUGUCCAUAUGGACCUAGAUUUCAGUCUUCUUGAAACUGGUUCUCUUGCUUUCACAAUAAUUAUCACAGCCUUCACUUUACAGGAUGGAACUUCACAUUACAUGAAAGGAGUGGUUCUUUUCCUGUGUUACGUUGUUAUAUCUGCAUGCUUUUGGGUUCACAAAAUUCCUCAGAAUCAAAUUACAAUUGGGAAACCAUUUAGUGGAGUGUUUGCUGCUUAGGUGGAUGGCAAUGGCAUUUGGGGCUUGAACUUUGAACCCAAAUAAAGAAAAGUGCAGCAGUUAAUUAUGUCAUUUAGAGUUUGUUGAUCAACCACGGAAAAGCAGCGGGAAGAUUUGAUCGACAUUUUGGGGUAAUUGUUAAAGGGAUCCUGCGAAAUAUGAGAGCUUAUGUGGAAGAUAGAGCUAUAAAAAAUUGGCAUUGGUAGUUUUGGAAUGAAUGGGAGUUUCCAUACAACAAAAUGUUUGUAUAUAGCUCUCUCUUUAAUUUAUGUUCUUGUAAUAACGUCUUUGUUACUUAUUUUAAGUUUAAAACAGUGACAAAUGGUAAUGGAUUUUUUUUUUUA